ACAAAUGGAAGCAACAGUGACUAAAGUCAAAACUUUUGACACAGAAGGGAAGAAGCAUUGCAGAGCAAAGAGAAAUGGAAAUGGAGAGGAAGAGCAGCUCAGACUCAGUGACGAUAAUCCACAAUGCAACAAUCGUUACUAUGGACGCCGAGAGCCGAGUCUUCAGAAAUGGCGGGAUCGUUAUCGACCAAGAUAAAAUCAAAGCCAUUGGUCAAUCCCCUGAGAUUCUUGCUCAAUUCUCCGCUAUCGCCCACCAUUGUGUCGACCUCCAUGGCCAAUUCUUGCUCCCUGGAUUUAUCAACACGCAUGUUCAUACCUCGCAACAGCUCGCUAGAGGGAUAGCAGACGAUGUGGAUCUAAUGACUUGGUUGCACCAUCGAAUUUGGCCUUAUGAAUCUAACAUGACUGAGCAAGAUUCUUACAUUUCUACGUUACUAUGUGGAAUAGAACUCAUCCACUCUGGGGUUACAUGCUUUGCUGAGGCAGGAGGGCAGCAUGUCUCUGGAAUGGCUCGAGCAGUUGAGGAACUGGGGUUGCGAGCUUGCUUAACUCAGUCUACUAUGGACUCUGGUGAGGGUUUACCUCCGUCGUGGGCCAGUCGAACUUCAGAUGACUGUAUUCAGUCUCAGAAGGAGCUUUACCAGAAGCACCACAACACUGCAGAUGGGCGCAUUAGGAUAUGGCUUGGAAUUAGGCAAAUUAUGAAUUCAACUGAUCGCCUAUUACUUGAAACAAGAGACACAUCUAGGGAACUGAAAACUGGAAUCCAUAUGCAUGUCUCGGAGAUACCUUACGAGAAUCAACUUGUGAUGGAUACACGAAAAGUUGAACAUGGAACUGUUUCAUACUUGGAGAAGAUAGACUUCCUGCAGAAGAACUUGCUGGCUGCUCACACAGUUUGGGUCAACAAUACUGAGAUUGGUUUUCUUUCAAGAGCUGGGGUCAAAGUAUCUCACUGCCCAGCUUCUGCAAUGCGAAUGCUUGGAUUUGCACCUAUUAAGGAGAUGCUUGAUUCUGGAAUUUGUGUUUCCUUGGGAACGGAUGGCGCACCAUCAAAUAAUAGAAUGAGCAUGGUUGAUGAGAUGUAUCUGACUUCGUUGAUUAAUAAAGGAAGGGAAGUUUUUGCAAAUGGAACGACUGAUCCUACAGCUCUCCCAUCUGAAACAGUUCUCAAAAUGGCAACCAUAAAUGGUGCAAAAACAGUACUCUGGGAUGAUGAAAUUGGAUCAAUUGAGACUGGGAAAAAGGCUGACUUGGUUGUUGUGAAUACUAACUUAUGGUCUAUGGUCCCUGUUCAUGACUGCAUUUCAAGCCUUGUUUACUGCAUGCGGACUGAGAAUAUUGUCUCAGUAAUGUGUAACGGCAAGUGGAUUAUGAAGGAGAAGAAGAUUUUGAAUGUGGAUGAGGGAGAAGUAAUUUCAAUGGCAAAGGAGGCUUCGGGUAAACUCUUGAAGAGAGCUGGUAUCAGCAUCCCAAACAGAAUGAAUGUCCUCUAAUCCUUCCUUUGAAGGUCCACUGUAAUCACUCUUAUUCCCUCCAAAA